AAACACAUUUUAUUUUUCACUGUUGGUAAUAAUACAGUUUUAAAAAUACGAUUUUCGAUUCGAGUCUAAAAUCCCAUCGAUAGUUACUUAGUGGGUGAAAUAAAUCGAUAGAAACUCAUCCAAAACCACUCUAAUGCGUGUUGUGCUUCACUUCGUAACUCACGCCAUGAUACUUUCUCAUUUGUAAGGUACGAGGUUAUGAAAUCUUACAUUCAUAGCAACUCUAAAGCACGUCCCAAAUUUAAAUCCAAAUUUAUUUUUGCGGAGAUAAAAAGUACGAAAUAAAUAACGGUUUUAAACAUUCAAGUAUAAAAUGAGGUGGAUGGCCCGUUAUUUUACACCGCCAAUUUUACUUGGUUUAUCUUUAACAAGCGUUAGUAUUGCUGUACUAUAUGUAUUGUACAAAAAGCGCUUCUUUGAUUACAUAGGAUGAAGAAGAUAUUAAAUCCAGAAAAAGUCAAGUUGAGAUUUCAAAACGAUAUACAAUAGAAUGUAAAGUACCCAGACAAUUUGUACCUGCUGUUAUUGGAAGGGGUGGUUCAAUGAUAAAAGAUAUACAAAAUAAAACAGGAACUCAGCUUUACUUUAAAGAGGAUAACAUUGAAUGUCCCGAACGUGUUUGCAUCAUAAAAGGAAGUUAUGAAUCUGUAUAUCUAGCUGAAAAUAUGAUAAAGUCUAUAAUUCAUAACCAGCCUAUAAUUGAAUCACAUGUAUUGACUGUUUCUCAAAAAACAUGUGCGAGAAUAGUAGGAAGAACUGGUGAUGUUAUAUAUCGUAUGCAAAUAGACUCUGGUGCGAAAAUCAUUACUGAAAAUGUCUUUAUUUCUUCUGAGCCAUAUCUUGAGAAAAAAAUUACUAUAAAAGGAACAUCUAAACAAAUUAAUAAAGCUUUAGAAUUAAUUCAAGAGAAAAUUUCUGAAGAAGAAAAAGAACGUACAAAGUUACAGGCUUCUUCUGCUGCAAGACGGCCUAGAGGAAAAUUAUGUCCUCGUAACACCAUUACCACAUAUGAACAGGGUCAAAGUACUGAAUCUUUAACAUUACCAGUAUCUGAUGGUUUCAUAGAAGUAUAUGUAUCUGCAGUGGAAACUCCCAGUCAGUUUUGGGUUCAAAUUGUUGGUCCUGGAAUUACUGCACUAGAUAAAUUAGUAGCUGACAUGAAUGCUUACUACAGUAAUGAAGAAAAUUAUCAACUGCAUAAGUUGAAAAAUGUAAAAAUUGGCCAAUUGGUAGCAGCAAAAUUCGGUUUUAAUAAGCAAUGGUACAGAGCUGAAGUUAUUUCCCUACCUGGAAGUAAUCAAUGUGAAGUCUUUUACUUAGAUUAUGGAGAUCAUGAAAUAAUCCACCCCAGUUGCAUAGUGGAACUUCGAACCGAUUUUCUCAGUUUAAGAUUGCAAGCGAUCGAGUGUUCAAUGGCCAAUAUUAAACCACCGGGAACUGAAUGGACCAAUGACGAAUGUGACUUCUUCGCGGAGAUCACGUUUUUAGCCGAGUGGAAAGUACUUUACGCCAAAGUUAAAGGUUUCAAAGAGAGAACCGUCGACUAUGGAAGAUCUCAUCGCGAAGGUUCACCGAUUCCUUCCGUCGAGCUUUACAAUAAAUAUGAGAACGAGGAAAUUAACAUCGGCCACGAGAUGAUAAAGGAAGGUUACGCCGAAGAAGAAACUGUACCAUCAGCUGCUUCUUCGACGUUGUCGCUAUUCUCACGCCACAACGACACCGGGGAUCUUUCGACUCCGCCGCUGACGAAGCGAGCUUUGAGUCCUGAAACGCCGAUAAACACUUCACGUAAAUUGGAUUCGGCCAUCGACUCGUCAAACACAUCAACCCCAGAUGUCGGCACGCCCACUGAUGUAUCUGAUGUACUGAGAUCUGAAGUUAAAGAAAUUCACCUAAUUACGCCGCAUAAACCACGCGAUUGGACCGGGGAAAUCGAUCCGGUGACAUCGAAGAAGGACAAGACGAAUCGCUUCAUCGAAAACGAGAAGGAAGUUCAACGGGACGACGGCCGUACUUCUCGCCCUCCAAACGGCACUUACAUCCCGUUGGAGUGCCCCCAAAAACAGGAACGUCCAUGGCAAGUCUCGAAAUUCUCGCGAGUCGCUCCGGCUGGUUUCGAGAGUGAUAUGUCUGAUGACUCGGACGUGAUGGAGCUGGGGUAAAUCGAAAGAACCGGCCGUACAUUUCUUCCUUUUUUCUAUCGAGAUACGCUUUCAUUUAUUUCAUGUAAUUUUGUAGAAGUUAGAAAUGCGGCGGUUUGAACAAUCGCAACGAAUCCUCGAUAGAAAAAAGAAAAUAAGAAUAGAGUAGAAUACGUAGGAAUGAUUUGAUCUUUACCUGUGGCCAUGCGCUUUCUUUUUCAAAUUUCAUUCUCUUGGCAAUGCCUUUUAUACGGUAUGAAUUUUUAUCUUGUUGCGAUAUAUUUUUCCAAUACCUCGGCGAUUUUAAUAGAGAAUACUACUGAAAUGAGUUAUCAAGUAGAGUAUAAAACAGGGUUUUAUAUAUAUGUAUUCAAUGCAACAGAAUCGAGUUGAAGACGAAACCUGAGAAACGCUUUUAAAGUAGUUAGAAGGCCAGGCUUUUUUCAAAAUGUAAUUAUAGAUUUCGUUGUUAGUUUUAAUUUUUCCUUUUCCAUCUUUUUCCAAUUACUUCUUUAUUCUCUAAUUUGUCUAGUUUCAAAAAUUUGUAAACUUACUUGUUCAGUCAUUUACUCACUUGCUCAUUUACUUGCUUAUUUACAUACCUGCUUGCCUGCUUACUUACUUUAAGCUAUCUUUUCCGCCAAACUGAUCAUUUGCAAAUGAUUAAAAGUACAAAAGGUCGUUUAUCAGGUUAUUUAAUUUGCAAAUGAUUCUCUCUCUAUUUUAAUGGAAGCAUUUUAAAUUUAUUUUAUUUCUUACGCGGAUUGGUGAAUUUUGUCUAUGUCUUAUGUUGAUAGAUAUUGUUACGCAGUACCAUGAUUAGUAUCAUGUAAUCAAAACUAGAAAUACUUCCAUAUAUUUUAGAGAGGAAGGUACAGGAUAAAAGAAGAACCGUAAGGGCCUGAAAGCCACAGAAAUUAGACACAUUUUAGAGAUAAUUGUUACUCUCAUCACAAAAUAAACUCGAAGAAAACUGUUCCUUACUCUUCUUCCGAGUAGUCAGUUGUGCUUGGCCGUUCUCUUCAGAUUGUGCAUUGUUUCCUUCGGGACACAUACGCUGUUUGAAGUAUGCUCAAGAUUAACAAACCGCGUGCCUUAAACUUCUGCUUCAUACAUAAUUACCACCAUUGAAAUAUGAACAUAGCAUGUAACAUAUAGUUGCAACAGUUGCAAGUAUUAGAAGGUGUAUAAAGAUCGAAGAAAGCUACAUAGGUCGUUCUAUUUUUGUAAUAUGACUAACUGAUUAAUUAAGUUCGUUUUUGUAGAUUGGUGGGAAAUAAAUGGAUUAAGCCGAGACGAUCAUCGGGACUAGGAUUUUUUUUCUUCUUAUCCUAUAUGCCUUUUUUAUUUCGAUGUCUUAGUUAUCACAAGAUUUGUAGAAUCCUUGAAACUACGUAAAGAUGAAAGUGCCAUAUUGUUCUUCGUGGCUUCCCAUUCUCCUAAGCGCGGUACAUCAUGAAGUAAAUCCACGAUUGUAUACAAAUACGCAUUUGUAAUUUAUGCGAUUUAUUUCCCACCAAAAUGAUAGCGAUUCAGGAUGAUACGAUUCGUUACCUAACAAAGUAAACGACCGAUUCCAUUGUACCUAUUAUAUUAAGCCCGUCGUUACAUCCUAGAUUUACCUGUUUCUUCCCCAAAGACUUAUUUAAGAAAACUCCGAGAAAAAGAACGAAGAAAAGAAACAAAGAACCGAUUCAUUGUCUCGAACCCUUCCGAUAGACACGUUCUGCGAUUUAACGAUGUCAAUAAAUCUGAAAGCUGCGCGAAAGUUGCCCGAUUUUUGCUCGAUGAUCGAGCAUAAAUCAGAAAACAACAUCAGUUUACGAAAUUGGUCGAAAUAUUUGAAAUUGUACUCGAGUAAGCAAACUACAAAAUAUCAUUGGAUAAAUAAAAUCUUCGCUCUCUAAAAAUUA